CAUAAAUCAACCUUAAGUGGAUCUUUUCCCACAUAAAAGUCCAAAUAAAAAGCCAUUAUAAUUAACCAUCAAAGAUAGAACUCUCAAAUUGAAGAGAGAGUUCAUAUUAUUUCUUUCUCUCCAAGAUGGGAAUAAGAAAUAUUAACUUCCAUGUUCAUCAAGACAUGGAUGUUUGCUUUCAAGCUCCAAAUUUUAUUGAAUGGUUAAAACCAUCAUCUAAUAAUUCUUCUUCAUCUCCCUCUCCUUCUUCUUCAUCUUCUUCUUCAUCUACCAUCACUCAAUCAAAGAUACUGAUUCAUCCUGACCAAGAAAAUCCCAUGACUUUCUUGAAACUCCCUCUCCUUUACAAUCCACAAGAAGUUGAAGAUAUUGACAUUAAUCAAACAGUUCAAUGUUUGCCUCUUCUUAGCAAAUUAACCGAUCUGAAAACGGAGAAGGAGGAGGAACAUUUUGAAGUAAAGGAAGAAAAUAUGGAGAAAGUUAGAGUAUCUUUGCAUAUAGGGCUUCCUGAUGUUGAAGCAAAGCCUUUUAACUUCAAGAAGGAAGAUGAAAAUGGGGAGAAAAAUAGCACUAAUAUUAAGGGUUGCAAUUUCAACAGUGAGAGUAGGUUUUGGAUCCCAACGCCAGCUCAAAUUCUUGUUGGUCCCAUGCAAUUUGCUUGUAAUAUAUGCAACAAGACCUUUAAUAGAUACAACAACAUGCAGAUGCACAUGUGGGGUCAUGGUUCAGAAUACAGAAAAGGGCCAGAAUCACUUAGAGGAACACAGCCAGCAGCAAUGCUAAGGCUACCAUGCUACUGUUGUGCUCAAGGCUGCAAGAACAACAUCAACCAUCCAAGGGCAAAACCAUUAAAAGAUUUCAGAACCCUUCAAACUCACUACAAGAGGAAACAUGGAGCAAAAUCAUUCAGUUGUAGGAAAUGUGGGAAGACAUUUGCAGUGAAAGGAGAUUGGAGGACACAUGAGAAGAAUUGUGGAAAGUUAUGGUAUUGCACUUGCGGUUCUGAUUUUAAGCACAAGAGAUCACUUAAAGAUCAUAUUAGGUCAUUUGGUAAAGGACAUUCUCCUCACCCUUCUCUUGAUGGCUUUGAAGAUAAGGAUGGUGGCUCUAGUGAUGAUGAAAAUCUCACUAAUUGAGGAAAUUAAAUUGUUCAAGAGUAAGCAAGAAUUUCUCCUUGCCUAAUUCAAAUGAAAUUCUUGACUACUCUUGGAGUUCACAUCAAGGUUUUUAAAUGGCUAUGCCUAUGAAGUUAUUGGCAAGAUUUUUAAGUCCUUUUUAAGUUUCUUUGUUUUGUUUUGGUGUGUGUGUGUUUUUGUGCUUUUGGUGUAUGAUGCAGCCCUGGCAAUUGCUCGGCAACAAGAAUUUCUCAGGAAGAGAGGGGUUUGUUGAGGAGCAUUAGCAUGGUGGUGAUCAUUAAGCAUUACUUAGAGAUAUAUAAGAUGUUUUUCUUGUGCUAAUUUAGUUUAUUUGUAACAAUAAGGGUGGUGACCUAAAACAUUAAAGUGCAUGAAGCAGCUGAAUUUUCUCCUUUGCUGUGCUCCUAGCUAAUAGGUUUAUUGGAGAAAAUUUAUCAGCUUCAUUGCUAACUUGUAAUGUUCCAUGCAUAAUGUAAUGAGUUCAAUUGCUUGUGUGA